AUGAUCAAAGACUUGUUGCCAGACCGAACGCGUUUAUGGCGUUGGCUGUCACUUCAGACGAAAACCUAUCAGUAUCUUCACCACAGCUCUCGAACGGCGGAAGGCAUUGAACUGGGACCUGUACACCAUGCCAGCACUAGCGAGAUCACCAGCUGUACUCAGGACCGCGAACAUUUCGUGUGGUCAAACCCCUCCCUUUCGUCUCUCAAGCUCUCUACACACCAUGACAGCAAGAGAAGAUGGGUACGGGGAGUACUGAUAUGUACAUACGCUGCAUUUGGUGUUCUAUUAGUAAAUAUCAUACUGACCAUUGUGGCGGCGGCCGUGUCGGUCGCGGGUCAUGGCCAGCGGACGAUGAGCUCGGCCACCAUCUACAAGGGCAGUUGCGACCGAACAAAGGCGUGGACGACGGGUCUGCAUCUGCUGAUUAACGUCCUCAGCACAAUCGUUCUCGGGGCCAGUAGUUACUGUAUGCAGUGCUUAACUGCGCCUUCGCGUGCCGAUGUUGACCGCGCCCAUGGGAAGCGUGUGUGGCUGGACAUCGGGGUCGCCAGCGUGCGGAAUCUGGCAUGGGCGGAUUGGCCUCGACUCACCUUGUGGCUGGUACUUCUUGUAACCUCUUUACCCAUUCACUUGAUAUACAACUCCGCCGUGUUUUUCGCCUUGGGCACAAGGCAGUACGACGUCCUGCUGGCCUCGGCUGAUUUUGAUUUCAAUCGCCCGCCGGCGAAUUAUACCUCCUCGUACGAGGAGUGUUUUGAGCCAAACACUGCGAUGAAUAUGUCCACUUUCUAUGCGAAUCUUCCGACCUUCGAAAAUUUGACCAAAGAGGAAUGUGUCCGCACGUACGCAAUGGAUUUCCCGACAGACCUGGGCACCCUGAUCUUGGUGACCAGUAACCACACCACUUCCAACGAACAUCUGCAAUGGGUUGAAUUAGGAACCUCAGUCACGGACGGUUGGGAUGCUAGACAGCCCAGCUAUGACUGGCUCUGCGAUCAGUUUGGGCUUUCCUCCUCCUGCACCCCGUCGAAGCUCCCUCUUAACCAAUGGGUCGCCUCGCCCCUCGUGUCCUGGGGUGGUCCAGUGGUCAAAGCCACCAUCGAGGUUCCCAGUGGUUUGAUUACAGUCGACGGGACGGACGACUCAGGUCCUGGGAGACACCGAUGA